GUGCAGAAAAUUAAAUAAAAAGCGUAUUAUAAUUACUUUUUCAUUUUGUAAUUAUCUAUUCUUUAUCUUAUUGUAUGUCUUGUAAUUUAUUUGUGUUUGUACUAGUAUUGUAGGUUUCGUAAGGUUAGCAUUCUUUAUUAUUAACUAUUAUUACUUCCGGACAAAACCACAUCCCGGAAAUGACGUAGUGCCUACUGUCGCCAUGGCGCUAGUAGUGUUCACGGCUGUGUGACUACUGUGAUGUCUUCGGCACCAUCAACAUUGCAACGUCUUUCAAGAGCACAAAGAUGAAUUUGAGAACGGUGUUGUUUUACGGUUGUGCUGUGAGUCUUCUUGCUGUUGGCCUGAAAGAAUUCCUCACUGGCUUCGAAGACAACAGAUGCAGUAUGACCUACAUGUUUGAAUACCCACAAUAUCUGCGUGUGCCAUUGCCUCGUCGUGUCACCAGACUGUACCCGGCAUACGGGCUCUACCUGUACGGAGAGGGGCGCUAUGCCCAGGAGAUACAAGAACUUAAACUCUUUGGUGCACCGCUGCUCUUUCUGCCUGGAAAUGCGGGGAGUUACAAACAAGCCCGUUGUCUGGGGUCUGUGGCCUUGAGGAAAGCUGAACGCAUGGAAGGAGGUCUCCACUUCAACGUGUUCACUGUUGACUUCAAUGAAGAACUUGUGGCACUUUAUGGUGGCAGUUUACUUCGACAGACACACUUCCUGCAUGAGAGCAUUAAGGUCAUCCUGAAGCUCUACAAGCACCUAAAGACACCCCCUCAGAGCGUGGUUCUUGUGGGCCACUCAAUGGGAGGUGUGGUGGCACGGGCGCUGUUCACUUUGCCCCACUUCAACACAAAUCUGGUUAGUCUUAUCAUCACCCACGCUUCCCCUCAUUUGGCUCCAGUGCUGGCCAUGGACCCAUACCUGCUGGAUUUCUAUUCUUCGCUGAGACAAAAGUGGGUGAAGCAAGCAGCGAAGCUGAAGAACGUAACAGUCCUGUCAGUUGGUGGUGGUUACCGUGACUACCAAGUGCGCUCUGGUCUCACAUCCCUACCUUCUUCCCCUUCAGGAGACCCCAAUAAAUUGUCUCUUGUGGUUACUGCAGUUCCCAGGACCUGGAUUUCCACUGACCACCUAUCCAUAGUGUGGUGCAAAGAGCUUGUUCUUGCUACUGUUCGAGCUUUCUUUGACCUCAUGGAUCCUGAAACUAGACAGUUGACAGAGGACCCAGAAAAGAGAAUGGCUGUACUGAACCACCACUUCAUUCGACAUCCAGUCAGAAUGCUGGGAGACACUGAAGAAUCCUCCAUCACGCUCCCAGAUUCUCCAGAUGCGUGGAGUGAAGUUAACAGUUUACGCCUGGCUUAUACCACACCAAAGGAAGUAGAGGUCAGAUACUUCUUAUUUGCCCUUUCAAGUCGCAGGAAAGCCUACAGUCAUUUCUACUGUCGGAGCAGUAACUUGGAAAUGACCAGCUGGGUAUAUGGCUGCACGCACAAGAGUGGUUCUUCAUGUUUACAUGCAGUGGAUUUGUCAAAGGGGACUGAGCUUCUGCCUCCAUAUAAGGUCCUCACACUGAGUCUCAGUGACUUGUCUUCAAUCACUCAUUUGGUGGUUUCGGCCUCCAACGUCAAUGUCAAAAGGUUCAUGGUGGAGUGUGAGUGGCAAAGACAGCAAUCUCUGACUCUGUCAGUUCCUGUUCCACAUGUUCUUUCCUUUGGUUGGACUGUCAGUGAUAUCACCAUCAACCUCGCUGGGCUUCGUCACACCAUUGAGCUACAGCACUUUCACCAGGUCUAUCAGGCCUUCCGGAUUAGUGUUGUAAGUCAGUGUAAAGCACAGAAAGUAGAUAGAUUGCCCAGUGUCUACAGAAUGAAAGUGCCAUGGUUUCUGGAGGACUCCUUUACAACUGCCAGUGUGCCAUCAGUGACAGAGAUCUCUGGGAUGCUCCACACAAGUCGUCCAGACAACACAUCAAGUGUCCACCUUCAGCUCCACACUGCCCCCAACUGCCAAUAUAAGGUGUCAGUGAGGACUUCAUUUCCCAGAGUGUUGGGACAGAUUCUGAGAUUCUUUGGCCCCAUGGUGCCAGUGUACACAACUGUAACUCUUCUCCUGGCUUGUGGCGGUCAGCUGUACUCUAUCCUGAUGUCAUGUAGACCUGCAGCCAUACAUGUGGUGCUGGGCAAAGGCUUUCAACCUCAUAAAGUCAACCUGACUGUUUAUAUCCUUCAUAUUAUCUUUAGUUGUAACGGGGCAAAAGAUAUGUGGUCGCUUUGCCUUCCCCCAAUGGAUGUCGCCCCUCCUACCAUUCCUAAUGGGACCGUUCAUGAGAAUGUGACUGCAUCUGUAGAAUGGCCGCACCUACUCCACCCUGUGCUUUACAUCUUUGGGGCAGCAAUGGCAUUUUGGGGAAGCACACUGCUUCAAGUCAUUACCCGUCUGAUGUCAUUAAUAUUAGCAGUGCUACACAGACCAUCUGUCUCAAGUGACUGCGGUACUCUACAACUGCGGACCCAGGUUGUUGUCACUCUGUCUCUGACUGUUGUGGGCGGGACAUUCUGUGGAGCAUUGUCAAUCAUUGCUGCCUUUCUGCUUCACCUGUAUAGGGUACUAAGACUCCAGAUGACAGAAAGGUACUUGAGUCACAUUCUGAAUCUGGCACCUCAGAAGCACAAAGGAGUUGAAAAUUCCAGUAAGGCCAAAGAAUGUGAUGGCACCCAGCCCCUGCUGUCGGAGUUGGCUUUACAGGAGGCGACAGAUGACCUUCAACUUCACCUCACUUUGUCUGCACUCUUAACUGUACCCGUAAUUCUCAGUACGCCCUCAUUUUUACACUGGAUACGCAACUUAAGGUACUCGACCCAGCUUGUUCCUGACCCCUGUUGGCCACACUAUGUACCUGUCAUCAUUGUUUACAUGCUGCUUAUUAACGCCAACACUUGCAAGCUCAGCAACAGUAAAGUGCUGCAUCUGACCUCCUGCCUCCCAUUACCUGUGUCUAUUGCCAUGGUGACCUUCUCACCACUUCACCUGUACAGAGUGACUUACUUCCUUUUGGGAGUCCUCAUUCCCUUGGCGCUAUGUUGUCUGCUCUAACGGUAUCUGGCUGCUUUCAGUCUUUUUUUUUUUUCUUUUUUUUCAACACACGAGCCACUGAGGCGAGUGUUUGAAGCUUGUUGUCAAGUCAUUGGAGCAGAGCCAUAGACAUACAGUACAUUGCUUGGUGAACUGCCUUUUCAGUAUUUGCAUAAAAAGCUCCAUGGCAUUUACAACCAAAAAACUGAGGAUGUAGUGGCCUUGGAACAUUUGUUGCCAAUGAGGUCUAUUCUCUGUAGCCAAGUUUGCCUUAUCCUGUAUCUCUAUAGCCCUGCCAGUCUGCCUUUAGUAAGACAGAACUCAACACCUUGUUAAGCUGAUCAACAGGGUGUUACUGUUUGAAUGUUUAUUGUUUCCACUGUCACUGCACUGCCACAGCUCAGCAACAUGAGUUGUUUUUCCAGAUUGACUGUUGUAGCUCUGCCUCAAAACAUUGGCAGUGUCAUUCAUUCGUUCCAUCAGAACCCAAAGCAACAAAGUUUACACACCACGUAGUCAACCACCGCAGCAAUAAGAAGGUCUGCAUUUCAUGUUCAAGACAGUGGAACCCCACAUAUUCACGAUUAAGCAUUCGCAACCCUGCAAAUUUGUGGAUUUUUGAUCCUUGUGUUUUUUGUUUUGUUUUGUGGGAAAACCGUAGAAAGGAAGGAAAACGCUUCAGGAUAUGUUAAAAGGAAGGAGAAAUGUUUGCCAAGUCACCGUUAUGGAGUGAAUGAAAGCACUGUUCCAUACAUUAAGAAAAAAAAGAGAAGAAAAUGGGAAGCACUGUAACAGCAAGUGUUCAAAGUUUAAGGCAUCAGCUCACCCUGUGCUAAACAUAUCAUCAUCAAAAUGCACAGCAAACUUCAUCAUUGUUAGUGAUGAGUACGUAUACAUUUUAUGAUUUCAAAUGAUUUAAGUCUGCGAUAUGUUACAGGGUUUAAAGAUGGAUUAUGCUUCUAUGCAUUUAGGUUGUAAGUUCCCUGCGUGGUGAGUGAACAAUGGCAAAGUGAGACGGGGAUGGUUAUUGUAGCUGAAUCGAAUCUAAAAUUUACAAGGGUCAUUUAUUUCAAAUGGUGAUCCGAAGUCAGAGGAGAACGUCGGCGUCAAUCUCGCAGGAGGGUUUGGAGGGAGCCUCAAUGCAGCAGCAUAAUUCGGGUUCUAUUAGCGUGUUAAAAAUAGACAUUUUUAUGGGAGUCAGUUACUGGCGUUUAUUUGCUUUUCGCGGGUGGUGCCAGCGCGUAACUCAUGAAUAGUGGGGGGCUACUGUAUUUACAAGUUCUUGAAGGCGUGUCUCCUUUCUCAAGCUUAAAAAAACCCUUUGUGCACCUAAUUCCAUGUCUGAACCAUGCACAAAUGCAGCAAAACAACCUGAAGAAGAAUCAAGGCUAUUAACCCUUAAGAACACUUUAGAUGUGCUAAAAUGUAAAAUGUGUCCCAUACAGUUUUGGCCUGAGUAUAGCUUCCCCCAAAAUGGCAGUGUGUCAGGUGAGCCUUUAAAGCUAAUUUUAAAGCAAUUUUGUAAUUAUAAUGCUUUAAUGCUUUAAAUUCAUACUGUAUUACUUCAACUAAUUCAUAUAAAACCAGCUCGGAAAAUGUGAUCAGGUUUUAGCCUUGAAUUGCUAUGGAAAGCCUUGACGUGACGUAUUUGUUACAAUAGCAAAAAUGCAAAUAAGACGUUUGCUGCAAUUCACACAUGCUACAUUUGUGCUACACAAAAAGUGGCAAGUUGACUUUUCAAGGAAUACAUUGACCAUUAAGAGUAUAACAUUUAUGUAACACAUUAGUAGUAUUUUAUGAAAAGCAUCACAAAUCGUCUUCAUGUCUUCUAUGUGGCAUAGCCACCAUCCUCAAUUGCAAACUUUGCGUUUAACAGUGAACCCAUUGAAAUGAUCUCGUUUCGCUUUGGGAUCCUAAAAUGUUGAACUGUCCUGGUUGUGUGUGUUUAUUUAUUUACUAUUAUUUAUUGUUGGCAGCAUAAACCACAAUCUUGAAUGACUGAGUGAAUGGGUGAUGAGGUGACAUUGGUAAAAGGUAGAAAGGUGCAGAGUGAAUGAAGGCCAUUAGGCUUUGAAGAUACAAUAAUGCCUUCAAACUGUGAAUGGGGUGAAGCUCACCUGUGAUUUGUCACAUUUUCCUGCAGCAUGAGCAGUCUUACAGUCCACUUAUACAGCAGCCUCCUUCAUGCUACACUGACUCCUCAAACUGAUAGUUGUGGUCCCUGCCAAGACACUAGACAACAUUGGACCUAAGCUUUGGUUUUAAGGGUUGCUUUUAGCUCUCUACAUAUUACAGUUCACCAUUGUUCACAUUUUUUUAGUCAUAACAAAAAACACUAUUCGUUUUGAAUAACACAAGAUGAGAAAGGUAUCAGGGUUCAAAAGGUAUACUUGCAUUACAUUAAUUCAAAAUUGUGCUUAGAUCAGCAUCUUAGUCUUUACUUGAUCUUAAUAUUGGCCAACUUUGGUAUCUCUUUCUUCAACUUUAUUAUGUUUUUUAUUUCAUUCCUUGGAGUAGCAGGUUGUGAAUAGUAAAAGAUUCUGAUGGACAAACCAAGUACAUUUUGACAAGCAUCAGAACAAAAAUGUAUGACAGUUUUUCUGACCAAACGGACUCGUAUACAAUCAUGUACGCACUUGCAUUCAAAGUUCCUCUUUGGGAUUUUUUUUUUUUUUUAGUUCAAAGACUUUUUUUUCCCUCAUUUAUACAUUUAUGCUCUUUUUUCGACAAUUACACCAUAUGAUGGCACUGUUAUUAAAUCCCAAACACUGAUCCCAUAAGUGUGGUUGACUUAAAAUUGUAAGAAUCAGCAUGAAAUUUAGUCCACGCCUUUCAUCGACUGACGAGCACACGCGUAAAAUUUGGCCACCAUCAAAACACGUCGUUGCAGGGACACCUCCUGGAUUUAGAAAGUACUUGUUCAAUAAGUCAUUGAGUAUUUGGUGAUUCCAAAAAUUGAAUCAUAUCUGUAUUAAAUGUAUGCAUGUAGUACAUAAUGCAUGCUCUUGGAAAGCAUUUUCACCACAACCAAUAGGGGGCGCCAUAAAUGUUAUUUUCAGUACGACAAAUUUUGGUAUGAACCCGAUAUAAAUCAAGGUAGCGACAGCAAUACUUUCUACUUGGGCAUUCUUCCAAACCACUGUAUGAGUUUGUGAUUUUUGCUUUUAAUUUGUUGAUGAUUAGUAUAAAACAUCCGACAAAGAUUUUUGGCAUUAACACACUUAGUUGUGAGCAAUUUAACAAUAUAUAAAUAGAACAAUAUAAGACGAUGUAACAAUAUCAGUCGCAGAUUGCCUUUGAUUGGCCGGGCAACAGUCCAUGGUGUAGCUUGCCUCUCGGCCAAAGUCAGCUGGGAUAAGAUUCCAGCUCACCCGUGUCCCUAAUAAGGACAAGCGCUACAGAAAAUGGACUAACAAUAUCAACAGAAUAAUGCAAUUAUUCCCUUUUAUUACAUGCAAUUGUUUGAGCAAAGUAAAGUCAACAAUGCAAGAAAAUAAAAACCAAAGUUGGUUCUUAAGGUUGUAAACAUAACAAUACACAAUACAUUUGAACAACAUAAUAAAAAACAGAUACUUUUGAAAACCAGUAAGAGAACUAAAAAAUGUCAUUCUCUAUGGGCCCGAUAUGAUACUACCCUGGUAUCGAUCAUAUCAGUAUUUGGAUCGUUUCGUCUCAUCGUUUCUAGUCAUGUAAAACAAUGGCAAUAACUUGGUGAUGUAAUGAGGUUUGUUGUGCCAAUUUAUUUUUUGCUGUUAGCCUUUCUUUGUGUGUUUAGGGUUAGGUGUGUGUGUGUGUUGGAUUUUGGUUGUGUAUCAGUGCAUGUUAACAUGUGAGAAAGUCUCAUCACUGUUUUAUUGUCUUUUAUUAUCAGUGCUGAUUAGCAGUUUAUAGCAUACAGUUUUUCAGACAAUAUUUGCCGCCUUUGAGCUGUUGCAGUCGCUGUGCCUUUCUACAAUGACAUUGUUGUAUGCUCGUACACUUCAUACACAGCCAGGAAGUACUCUAGAUGUGUAUACUGCAUACACAAUACAAGCAGUUGUAGUAGUUUUGUUGUGUUGUUUUGUCAGCACAGUUUGCUAUUCCACAAGCUAUUGAACUAAUGAGUGAAUCAUAAAUGUCAACCAAGUAAUUCAAUAUAGACAUGCUUGGUUAAACAUUCCUGUUGUGUGCAAUGUGAAUGUACCUGCACUGAGUGUCUGUGUGCACGUCUGUGGGCAGUAACAAACUUCAACUUGACAUGCACAUGGUCUGUCUCCUUGUGCAAAGGUUGGAGACAAUUAGCUGGGAUGAAAUACUAUACAGAUUUAUGUCUGUGUUCACUGUGAUUACAACAUUCCAACCCCGCAAUGUAACACUAUUAUUUAUUGAUAUACAGUGGGGGAAAAAAAGUAUUUGGUCCCCCGAUUGUUAUCAUAUGUUUAUUUUAACAGAGAGAGACAGAAUGUAAACACAAAAUAACAUGAAAUAAAGGUUACUGUACAUUCAUUUUAUUAGAUUGAGUCCCUCAUAGACCGAUUAUAUGUCCAUGUUACGACCCAGGGGAACAUAAAAUAUUUAAUAAGGACAGAGGAGGUGGGAAAAUCAAGUCACCAAAGUUUAUUGCUUAAUAAAGUGCCGUUAGGUCCCCCUGCUCAAGAAGACACACGUGCAGGCCCGUCUGAGGUUUGACAAUCAAUACGAGAAUGACUCAGACAAGGCUUGGGAGAAUUUGAUGUAGUCACAUGAGACCAAAUUUGAGUUUUUUGGCAUCAAAUGGACUCGACGUGUCUGGAGGCAACACCAUACCUACUUUGAAACAUGGUGGUGGAAACAUUCUGCUUUGGGGAUGUUUCUCUGACCAAAAUCCAUCCUGAGAUGUGUGCAACCCUGGUGACCAACUAUGAGAAAUGUUUGAUCUGUGUGCUUACCAAUAAGGGUUAGUCCAUAAAGUAGGAGAAGUCAAGAAGAUGUUUAUUGGAAUCAAAUACUGUACUAAUUAAUUUAUAAACUUGAUUUAACAUUUUUUCUCAAUUUUUUUUUUUUUACAUUCAGUCUGUCUCUGUUAAAUCACAUCUACCAUCAAGUAUGUACUGUUGAUCUUUUUCUAUGGGGGUACACUUACAAAAUCAGCAGUGGAUCAAAUACGUAUUUCCCCCAGUGUACUGUACAUACCAUAUACUGUGUUGUCUUGGAGAAAGCAGGCAAAUCCAAAAUGUACUUGUGACAUGAACGUUAAACACUGUCUACCAUGGUGAGAAUGUGAAAAGUAAAAACUGCAUAGUACAGUAGUGUGUUUAAUGGCCACUUUGAAUAAGGCAGAGUGAUGGCCGUGGAGAAAGCAGUUUCCUCGUGAGGCGCUACUACUGUGCUACUGUGCAGUGGCACAUUGCUAAAAAGGCACUACAACUAAGACUAGCAUAACUAUUUGGUGUGUGUGUGUGUGUCAGAGAGAGCCACACAAUAAGUUCUGACGACAAGUAAAUCUUUAAGACAGUCCACACAUCUUAACAUCUAGGGCUGAGUUAAGCUCACUCUCACUUCAUCUUACUAAUGAAGGCUUAUCUGUCAUUUUUUAAAGUUAUUUUGUAUCCAAGACCAUAAUACACUAACUGCCAUUGAACACAAGUGUAGUUGUUGUAAUGAGCAAUGUAACAAUGCAAUGUGACAGUGGUGAAAUAGUGAUGACUGUAAAUAUAUUGCUGUAUGUGCUUUGCCUAUAGGUGGACUUCUAACUUAUAACGUCCCAUCUUGUUGCUUGUUGUACAACACGUGGAAAAGCAAGCAGCAAGAUGCAUUCAAAUGAUAACAUCAUACUGCUGUGAAGGACAUGCUCAGGUUUAAGCAUUAUUGUGCUUUUGUAUCAGGGUUUAUCUAAUGUCAUUGUCAAUGUGCAAUUUUUUCACACCAAUAAAA